UACUCUCCUCCGAUCCAUUCACCACACAACUUCAGCCGGCUGAACAGACUCGUGCGGCUCCAGCACAUCUUGCUAACCUAAUUCAGAGAACAAGCAGUGCGGCUCUCUGCCUGUCAUCUUCGCUCAGGGUAGCAUUUUCAGGUGAUCUGGGAAACUGGGUUAUUUUUAUGAGCAAAUAAGAGAAAGAGGAAUCAUGAUGGAGAUGUAUUUAGCAGACCUAGUACUGGAUAAAACUUAAAGCCAGUUUCUAUUCAACAUAGUGAAAAGGUCACCUUGUCCGGCUGAGAAAAGAAGCAAAACAUCAGCUUUUUGGUUUCUAUUAACAUCUUGGCUCAUGCUAGCCUCUUUUCCUUGAUGUUUGCACCAAUUUGGGAUCUCUAGCUGUAAAGAGAGACAUACUGUACUCAUGGUAGAUGACAAGGAAAAGAACAUGAAAUGUCUCACCUUCUUCUUGAUGCUUCCAGAGACAGUAAAGAAUAGGUCCAAGAAAAGCUCAAAGAAAACAAAUACCAGCAGCAGCGGCAGCAACAGCAGCAGCAGCAACAGCAAGUUGCCCCCAGUUUGUUAUGAAAUAAUUACCUUGAAGACUAAAAAGAAGAAGAAGAUGGCUGCUGAUAUAUUCCCUCGUAAAAAACCAGCCAGCUCCAGCAGCACCACUGUCCAGCAGUACCACCAGCAGAACCUCAGUAACAACAACCUUAUUCCAGCCCCAAACUGGCAGGGUCUUUAUCCCACCAUUCGAGAAAGAAAUGCAGUGAUGUUCAAUAAUGAUUUGAUGGCAGAUGUACAUUUUGUGGUUGGGCCACCAGGUGGGACUCAGCGGUUGCCAGGACACAAAUAUGUUUUAGCUGUUGGGAGCUCUGUGUUCCAUGCAAUGUUCUACGGAGAACUUGCUGAGGACAAAGAUGAAAUCCGUAUACCAGAUGUCGAGCCUGCUGCUUUUCUCGCUAUGCUGAAAUAUAUCUAUUGUGAUGAAAUUGACUUGGCUGCUGACACAGUGCUGGCCACUCUUUAUGCUGCCAAAAAAUACAUUGUCCCUCACCUCGCCAGAGCCUGCGUUAAUUUCCUGGAGACCAGCCUGAGCGCCAAGAACGCCUGUGUGCUCCUCUCCCAGAGCUGCCUGUUUGAGGAGCCAGACCUGACCCAGCGUUGCUGGGAGGUGAUCGAUGCCCAGGCUGAGUUAGCUCUCAAGUCUGAGGGAUUCUGCGAUAUCGACUUCCAAACUCUAGAAAGUAUCCUCCGCAGGGAAACUCUGAAUGCCAAAGAAAUUGUGGUUUUUGAGGCAGCUCUCAACUGGGCUGAAGUGGAAUGCCAGCGACAAGAUCUAGCUUUGAGCAUUGAAAAUAAACGCAAGGUCCUCGGAAAGGCACUUUACUUGAUACGCAUACCUACGAUGGCGCUGGAUGAUUUUGCAAAUGGUGCUGCCCAGUCUGGAGUUUUAACUCUCAAUGAGACCAAUGACAUCUUCCUCUGGUACACUGCAGCCAAAAAGCCCGAUUUGCAGUUUGUGAGUAAAGCCCGCAAGGGCCUCGUCCCCCAGCGCUGUCACCGUUUCCAGUCAUGUGCCUAUCGGAGCAACCAGUGGCGUUACCGGGGCCGCUGCGACAGCAUCCAGUUUGCGGUUGACAAGAGAGUGUUCAUCGCCGGCUUUGGGCUGUAUGGCUCCAGCUGUGGCUCUGCAGAGUACAGUGCCAAGAUUGAACUCAAGCGGCAGGGCGUUGUUCUGGGGCAGAACUUGAGCAAGUACUUCUCAGACGGCUCCAGCAAUACCUUCCCUGUGUGGUUUGAGUACCCAGUGCAGAUUGAGCCAGACACCUUCUACACGGCCAGCGUGAUACUGGAUGGCAAUGAACUCAGCUACUUCGGACAAGAAGGCAUGACAGAAGUUCAGUGUGGCAAGGUGACUGUCCAGUUCCAGUGCUCCUCGGAUAGCACCAAUGGCACUGGGGUGCAGGGAGGGCAGAUCCCUGAACUUAUAUUCUAUGCUUGAAAACACCUUCCGAAGCAGUGUGAGCUCUGAGGUGCACAUCUGGUUCCUUCUUGCUUGAUGCUUAGCUCAUCUGCAGAUACGUGAUCAGCGCAGGUAGUUCGUAAUGAAUGAAGCUGUAGGCAGUUUCUAAUUUCUUUCAACCUUUUAAUUAUGUACAGGCAAAAACGCAGCAUUCAGCUUUUAACUAUAUGCUUAAAAGAGCCAAGUUCUUAUUAAGACUUUGUGGUUUUUAGAGUUGCGUCUAUACACCUGGGGAGAAUUUGUGCUCUUUUCCAACUGCCCCACUCACCUCCCAGUCAUGUCCCUCUUAAAAUGUUUGGGUCACCUUGAAUUUCCUUUAGGGCUUUAUUUUGACAGAUAGAAGUAAAUAGUCCAAAAUAACAAUGAACAGAAUUAUUUUUAAGAGAACACCCUCCCCACCCCAAAAAAAAAUUACAGGUAAAUCUGUGUACAAUUUCUGAAAGAAGUUUUGCUUCAUACUAAGUAACAUUUAGAAAGUAGACAGUAGUCAUGUUGAGCUCUUAUUUCAUUUUAAAUAAUUUACUCUGGGCAUUAUUUUUUCUUAAAUUCUAAAUUCAUAAGAUUAUUAAAUUUUACACUGCAAAGCAUCAGUGUAAAAUAAGAAAACAGGAAAUUGGAUGUUUGCUUGGGCCAUGACUUCUACGAACAGUUUUUUAUUCUUUUAGUUUAGAAGACAGACUAUUACAGUACAGACACUUCUUUUACAACUAACUAAAUUACAAAUUUUUUUGUUAGUAGGGAAAAAAAAUCACAGGCCUAUUAAUUUAAACUAAAAUAGCUUAUAAAGGAAACCUACAAAAGUCCCAUUCUACAUAAUAGUUUAUUUGAUGGCAUGGUAGACUACACCAUUUGAAAAAGCCAGUCUUCUCCCCUCUUUGCUUCUGAUCUUCACCGUUUGCUUGUUUUUAUAAAUUACACUGUAUAGAAUCUUAUUCCCCUUUUCCCAUGAAAAGAGGACCAAACAAUUCUUCAGAUGUAUGGAGUAACAAUUAGUUUUGUAGCACUACAUGUUAUUGUAAUAAGAUAGAUUUAUUCAUUGAUUUUUCUUCUUUUUAAAUCUGAAAUAUAUUUUACCUGAUCUACUUUGACUACAUACUAUCUUCUUAGUUAAUUAUAAUUAUGUCCUGUUCCUAGACUGCUAGAAUUUGGCCUUUGGCCAUCUUAAAGUGCCAAUAUAUGCCUGCAGGGUUUUAAAAAAAAGGUUUGGAGCGAUAUACUUGAUUGUACCUAAUAUUCAUUGCAUCAGCAUCCCAUCGAGCCCUCUUAUUUGUACAUAGUUAAGGUAAACAAAGGAGGGGAAAGCUCAUCCAAAACUUCUCCUUCAGUGACGGCUUGUGAUGUUUUAGUGCCUGUGACCCUGGGAGUGUCCAGUGUGUUCACUUCCAGCUAAAGUAUCCAUGUGUUUCUGAGCAGCGUUUCUGCUCAGUGUGAUCCUGAGGUGGCUUCCCCCACCACCCAGAGUGUGGUCCCUGGCCUCCUCCUUCUCCUGCUCUGUGAGCCCCAAGCUGGCUUGUCUGAGCCAGGGGUUAGUCCUGGGGUGGGUGGGUGUGUGUGCGUUGUGGGCGUCGGUGUGCGUCCAUGUGCAUGCAGGUGUGUCUGCCGACUCAGGAAUUGUCUCCUCCCUUCCUGGCCAGUAAGAGGUGAGACACAGAUGGUCCCCUGCUGGCCUGAGAAAGGCCCCAGUGAGUGACUACCCGUAUCUUAUUCACUGUGCUUCUGGGCCACUUUUUCCCCUGUAGAUGUGGGCUUGUUGCUUUGGGCCAGCUUCCCUGACGGAGGAGAACACUGGAUUAUGGGAAGUGUUUUUUAAUCAUGUUUGCCAUUGCCUAUGCCUGUUAGCAUAGAUGAUCAAAAGCUGUUACUGGUGAUUAUAGAUGAGUACUCCCAGGACAACUUUCCAAAAUUAUCUAACAAUUAUUUCUUAUUAGGGAGAUGACAGAUAGUAGUUUUGGCAAAGUAUCUAUGAAACUAAGGUAUGUUUUCAAUUUAAAAAAUACUUCUAUACAGGAUUUUGCUUUUAAAUUAUGGUUAAACAUUUCAGUAACUCAUAGCUACCGUGCAAAUUGAUAGACUAUGUAUUUGUUUCAAAGGCACUCAUUUUUAAGCCAGAGGAGAAAAAAACUUGAUUUAGCACUAAUUUCAUCAUCUCAGAUUGUUGAGGUGGGUGUGAUAACCUCAGAGUGAAGAUUGCUCAUUUGGUAACACUCACAGUCAGUGCUCCUGUUAGCAAGAUGCCCUCCACAUGACUAGGAAACUGCUGGUAGAGAGCAGAAGGAGAUCCUGUACACUGGGGGUAUGAGAGCUUAAUUUUAUGUUACUUAAUAUUAAUUACCCAAAAAAGAAAAGACAGAUCCGCCACCUUGAUUGGCUGGUGUCAAGAGCUGUGGGUUAAAUUUGAAAAUUGUGUUUAGACUAAGAAAUUUUAUGUUUCAAAUCCUAUUCUCCCUUUUGCAUUUUCAACAACAUGGAAUGAAAGCUAACGUGCUUACUUUAUUUUCUUUGGUAAUCUCAAAUUUUGUAGCUUUUAUUGUUCUCACAAGGCAGACAACUCAAGUGUAUACACACAACUUUAUUAAUAAACAGAAUACUCUGUAGAUGCUUUUCCCAACGUAUCUGGCAGUCUUUGUCAUUGUUCAUGCUGGGGAUAAAGGGGAACUAGGCUAGCAGUUCUAUGUAACAUUCUUUAAGCAUAUCUUAAUAUAGUAUUUAAGUAAAUGGUCUAAUUUCUACAUAAUUAUUGCACUGAACUGUCUUUUUUGUUUUUUAAGGUGUUUAAAUAAGCUCGGCUAAUUCAAGACACUAGCCACUUGUGCAUCAGAGUGCUUGAAUUUAGUAGCUUACAGCAUUAUUUAUGAAGGAAAAAUAUAUAAAUAUGAAGUACCUCAUGUUGAAUGUUAUUGUACUGUAUUUUUAAUGUAACAGUGCAGAUCUUGUUAGACACAUGAAUGUGUAUAAUCAUGUUAAAUGCAAAUAAAAAUAAAAUUGGUUCAUAGA